AUGGGCCGACUCGAGGGAAAAGUCAUCAUUGUAACAGGGGCCGGGGCAGGAUUUGGACGAGGUAUCGUCCAAAAACUCACAGCCGAAGGUGCCUCCGUCGUCGGCGUCGACAUCAACGGCGAAGAAAACGCCCAGACGGCCUCUCUCUGCCCCUCCGGCACGGUCCACCCGUUCACAGCCGACAUCACUCUCGAGUCCUCGUGGCAUGACAUCCUCUCAACAACAUUGACGAAAUUCUCCAACCGUCUCGAUGUCGUGGUAAAUUGUGCGGGCGUCGUGCACAUUGCCGCCCCGUCUCACGAGGUCCCCGAGGACCAGUUCGAUAUGAUGUUCAAAGUCAACGUGAAGCCAUUGUAUUUGAGCACCAAGGUGAUUGUGCGGUGGUGGAAAGAAAACAAAAAGCCCGGCUUGUUUAUCAAUUUGAGUAGUAUUAGUGAGCCGAGACCGAGGCCCAACCUGGUCUGGUAUGCCGCGAGUAAAGGCGCGGUGACAGUGACGACGAAAGGACUAGCUGCCGAGUAUGCGGUCGAUCAGAUCAGAUAUAAUUGCAUUCGACCGGCGGUAGGGGAGACUGCGAUGUUGCCCAAGGUUCUCGGUGGUCACGACACACCGGAAGGGCGGAAGAAAGUGCUCGGGACAGUUCCAUUGGGUCGUGUGUGCCAGCCAGCGGAUGUCGCGAACAUGGUGUGCUUUCUCGCAUCGGACGAGGCGGACUAUAUCACCGGAGCAGCAUUUGAUGUCGAUGGCGGAAGAGGCGUGAGUUGA